AUGGAAAUAGGAAAUUGUCAGAAGCUAGAUCUGAUAGAGAAAAUUUAUGAACAUGUGGAAGAAGACAAGCUUGCAGAAGAUAAUGAUACAGAAAUAGGAGAAGAUAACACAACAGACAGUGUUGACCUUGAAAGUCGUUCUGAUACUCGUAUCACUGCUGAAGCGACUCCGACAAACAACUGUAAAAAAAGACCAAGAAAGGGAAAACAACCCGUAAAUGAAAAUAGAGCAGAUAUAGCAUUCACAGCCAUGCAAUCCGUAAUGAAUCAGAGAGAAUUAAGACACACUAGGGAUGAAUACUCUACAUUUGGCGAAGCGGUUAGGCAUAAAAUUAGAAAAUUGUCUACGGAGUACGAGCAUGAAAUCACACAGUUUAAAAUAAAUGAAAUUCUCCUCCAUGCUUCACUGGGCUACUUCCGUCAAACUACCGGUGUGUCUCAAAUUUCACGAUUUCCCUCCACACUCGACUCUUGGACCACCUUUGCCUCAUGAAAUCUGAGUCCCAUCUACGGCCACUUUGUUACGCCCAAGUUCAUCCCAAAUAUCCACAUAUUCACCUCUUACUUCACCUAAUACAAUAAUUUACAGCUUUGUAACUAAUAACUUAUAUACUAGACAUAAAUGAAAUAAACUUACCUUUACUGAG